GUUCAGGUUUUUCAUUACAAGUCAAUUGUCCACUUCUCCCCUAAAUAAUUGUUUUGGGUGCCUUUUAUGCCACUCAAGGUCACGUCUCAGGAUUGUUUAAACACUAUGAAAUUAAGAUGUACAAAACAAAGUAAUACAGGAAAGCAACACAAGAAUCAAGGUUUUACAAAUUAACAAAAGUAGUAUUUACCAAAACAAUAUUACAAUCGAUUUUAAUGAAUACUGCUGUUCAAAUACCAAAAUUUGCCACAGGAGGUCGCUCAUUUUCCAUAACUCAAUUGAUUGUCUCAAUUUGCCAUACAGUCUCGCCAGUUUAUCAUCAUCCUUUUGGCACACAAUUACGCGAUAACGUGACUUUCACUAAUAGCUAAUUAGUCAUUGACACUAUCCUCAAAAUAUUUUAAUUUCUACAACGCUGCUAACUUUAACGAUUAUGUCACAUUUGAAUUUCUGAGAUGCUUCGCACCAGGAAUGUGCAGGGGGACACCCUUUAUCAUGGCACACGUAUGCACAGACUAUUACGACGAUUGAUGCUUGGUAACGAGACGAACACAUGCGUGUCAUUCAUCAAGAACUCACGUUGAUCACGUCAAAUGUGUAACGUAUACAGUCCAACAACCAAUGGUCAAGUUAUUUUAUAUUUUGUUUUUAUUUUCUUCCCAAAGGUCCGCCUUAGACGAUAAUGCACAUGUCAAUCAUCGCGAGACUCCGCUCGUAUGGCGUGCGUAGCAACCACGGUUGCCCAAUUGCUCCGUCCCGCCCACUUACGAAGGCGACGACAUCCAACCAAUCAGCUUGGACGUUUCGUCCUUUCGUCCAAUAGGGACCAGCACAGGGCGAAUCCCUUCCCACGUCUUUCUGGUGUUCCGUGUGGAAAGUUUACGGGCUCGGGUGCAAAGUUUGAACCCGUCUGCAAACUGGAGACAUGGUGUUAGCCGAGUCGCUAUUUUUCGGAUGAGUUGUCUUCCAGUGGAAGUGCCGCUGCCAUUACGGGAUAACCGUAGUGUAUGUGUAGUCGGUGGGGCUCGUAUUCUCUCACGGGGAGCCAGUUAGCUCGAGGUGUUAGCUCGAGGUGUUAGCUCGGAGUUCAUUCUAGCUAGCUAGCUUGGGCGAGCUAGUUUCUUCUUUUUUUCAGUUGGGUUUUUGCCCCCUUCUAUAACAUCACGAGCAAAAUGGCAUGUGCGCCCAAUCGAGUCCGGCUGAUGUGCAUGCUCUCGCUGACGUUCGCCUUUUUCAUUGUGGAGGUGGUGGUGAGCCGGAUCACCGCGUCCCUCUCGAUGCUGUCCGACUCCUUUCACAUGCUGUCAGACGUCAUCGCUCUGAUUGUGGCUCUGGUCGCGGUGCGGUUCGCCGAGAAGACCCAAGCGACCGACAAGAACACGUUCGGCUGGAUCCGGGCCGAGGUGAUGGGUGCGCUGGUCAACGCCGUGUUCCUCACGGCGUUGUGUUGCACCAUCGUGCUGGAGGCGAUCGAGCGCUUCACCGAGGCCCGCGAGAUCGAGCGGCCGCAGGUGCUCGCCGGAGUGGGCUUAGCGGGGCUGUUGGUCAACUUGCUCGGGCUCUGUUUGUUCCACGGCCACGCCGGCGGGGGACACGGGCACUCGCACGGGGGGAAGAAGGGCAAAGGUGCCAAGUCACACCGGGCCGGCAACGGGACUCCUGGGGAGACUAACAAUUUGGUGGGGAACCACAGUAGCUCCACGGACGCUUGUCAAACCGACGUCAGCCCGAAAGAGAGCUCGGAGGUGCAGAUCAACGGCGGCGCUCAGUACGAGGACGUGGACAAUGAGCACAAUACGUCCUCGCAGCUCAACAUGCGCGGCGUCUUCCUCCACGUGCUGGGCGACGCCCUGGGCUCGGUCAUCGUGGUGAUCAACGCUCUCAUCUUCAUCUUCGUGUGGCAGCCCUGCAACAAAGACGAACUCUGCGUCAACCCGUGCAUCGACAGCCACGCCACCGACCACUACCACGGCAACCACACCCUGCUGGAUCUGCGGGGGAGCCCCACCGCGGCCAGCGCCAAGAUGGCGGGCCCCUGUUGGGUGCUCUACCUGGACCCCACGCUCUGCCUCAUCAUGGUGUGCAUCCUGCUGUACACCACCUACCCGCUGCUGAAGGAGUCCGCCCUCAUCCUUCUGCAGACGGUCCCCAAGCAGAUCAACAUCCACCGCCUCAACGAGCGCUUGCUGAACCUGGACGGGGUCCUGGCCAUCCACGAGCUGCACGUGUGGCAGCUGGCGGGCAGCCGCAUCAUCGCCACGGCGCACAUCAAGUGCCACGACCCCACGUCCUACAUGGAGGUGGCCAAGCGCAUCAAAGACUUCUUCCACAACGAGGGCAUCCACGCCACCACCAUCCAGCCCGAGUUUGUCACCUUCAGUUCCGAGUCCCAGGACUCCCUGUGCGAGCUCUCCUGCCGGACUCAGUGCGCCCCCAAGUUGUGCUGCGGCGCCGGCGACAAGAAGGCGGCCGGUGACCUGAGGGCCAUUGGCGAGAGCCCGGAGCCGGCCGCCGUGUUUCUGGUGCAGCCGCAGGUAAUCGUCACCUCCGAGGUGGAGUCGUCUCUGUGAGAGAAGUGACGAGCUGGACUAACUGCUGUCGAUUAAGAUUAGAAAAUUGGCUCCGUGGGUCCCGCCUCAGACGGUCUUUCGUCGCAAGCCUCUAUCCGUGUAUCUUUUUUUUUUUUUCUAAAAUGAAAAAAAGUGACUGAAGACUUCAUUUGUUUUUACUCCAACAAAAUGUCGCCUGAUUUUUCAUCGUUACCUUUUUAGCUCCACUAAAAAAUGAGAAAUUGAAAAAAUAGGCCAUAGCAUUGAUCUUGAUUUUAAUUGAACCGGCCCUGAAGUUCCACAAAUGAGCCGCUGGAAAGGUGCUUCAGCUUGUUAGUUGCCACGACCAAGACCGCCAUCCAUCAAAUGAGCCACAUCAUAACAUGGAUGAUUUAUUAUACAUUGUGCAGAGCAGUGUUUCCCAAACUUUUACAUUUGUGGUGAACCAAAAUGGAUUCUAAAAAUAUAUAUAUAGUUCCCUUGAGACAUAAGUAAUAUUUUUGCAGUUUUUCUCUCUGUUGUGAAACUAAACAAAUAUGAAUGGAUGAAAUAUAAAAGUGUCAAAUAUUCUGCCUGUAAUUUAUAUAUUUUUUAAAAAGUUAUCUUUCUCAUUACAUGAAUUAUUUAAUCCGCCGAUUUUUCUUUUUUUUUUUUUUUUUUUAAUUCUCAAAAAGUCCAUAUUGUUCGGGCCUUAAUCUUGCUACCAAAUUUCCGGGUGGCGAUUUGGUAUUGGUAACGAUCCAAUAUUAGAACCAAGUUCUGUGCUGUGGCCUCUUUGUUUUCAAUUUCCAAGCCAAAAAUAUAAAGAUGGAAAAACGAGUUGACUUUUUCUGUCAAAUUAAAAAAUAAUAACAAUGAAACGAGUGACUUUUUCGCUUGCCAGCUGAAAAUGCAAACGACGAUUGACACGCCGAUUCGUUUGGUCAUUAAUGGCACGUCAGGGGUUCACUGUCUUAGGAACCUUGUCAACCAUGGUGUUGCUGUGCCAAAGCUCCUCAGGACCUCCGAAUGUCCUUCGCAGCACACGUCUCGCUCACUUCAGCCUGUGGACUUUGUGUGUACUCUCCUAAUCCCCUCACCCCUAAAAAUGGAGUAUUGUAUUGCUUAAUGAAGUAUUUAAGUUAUUAGAAAGAAUCUAUUACGCUCAGUAGAUGCUGCUUCUCUUCUCUCUCCGGCCCGCCAUCUAUGCUGUUCGUUAAGAGUUUUUGGCCUCUUUGGAUAAGAAGCUGGAUAAAGACCUCAUAGCCUGCCUUUGCGCCCACUGGUAAUCGCACUGAGACGUAAACGGCGACGGCGGCCCUAUUCCUUCGAGAUUUAAUGCCUCCCGUUGCUAAGAAACGAGCCCCGCAAUGUUGCGAUGAUGGCCAGUCGUUCUUUGGCGGCGUUCCCGCUGUCCAAACUUGAGACUUGGUCCUCGGGGUCACGACCUCUAAAAUAGGUGCAUGUACUGUACAUGUUCGAGUCAUCCCAAGCAUCCACACCAAUGUCAGAGUGACCCAACAUGCAGUUCAUCUGUCCACCGCUUUGGACGGCUGAGCAGCCAAGUUCUUAUAGUGGCCUUGAAAUUGUCUAGAAGAAAACAAACACAAAAAAAAAAACACAUUACUAUACUUUUUGUCACUUAACAAGGUGCAAUUGAGAAUCCCCCUCCUGAUUCUAUGUAUAUGCAAUGUAAACAAAUGUGCUGGGAAAUGUUUUUGGAUGUGUUCCUUCAGUUUUAUAAUGUGCAGUCACUUCUACCCUUGUGUCUUUGGGCACAUUUAUGUGGCUUUGUGAACAUUUUUUUUUUAAAGAUAUGAAAUAUGAACUGAUGUUUUUUUGAUAUGCCAUCUACUGUUUCUGUCCACUGUGUCAUCCUGAGACAAAUAUAUAUAUAUGGCUGUUUGGUACAGUUGAUGAACUUAAAA